UUUGAAUGAUGUAACUGUUGCUGGAUCCCUUUGAUGAUAAUGUUUUGUGUAAAGCUGUGGGAUGCUUUAACAGGAAUUCUUGAUGAUCACUUGUCUUGAUGAAUGAUAUGCUUAAUGUCAUGCCUUUGUGUCAUGAUGGUUGUUGUUAUAGAGAUUUUCAUUGUUAAUGUUGUUUGGUUAUGUCUGGGUUAAAUGACUGGUCAGCCUUUUAUUGGUGUUUCAUUGUCGUACAUUCUGCUAUGAAUCAGAGGUUAUAUUGCAGUAGUAUUGUUUUAAUAGAAAUAUUAUAAUAUUUAAAUAUGCUUCAUCUUGAUGCAUUUAUCUGAUGCUCUAUUGGACAAAACUGGUCUGGAACUCUGAGUAGUACAAGCUACACUGAAAAGUAUGAAUUGUAUGAAUGAAUAUGCAUACGUUCACUCUGUGCUUGCAUUUUGUGUUACAUCCCAAUUUAGUUCUACAUCGGAUACAUCAGAUACAUUGGAUGCAUUGGAUGUGGGUAAAGAAUCGAGUCAGUUUAUCAGCUGGAUGUGUCUAGUAGUAUUAUCUUGUGCAUGAGAACUUUAGGUUGGUGGUUUAUACUCAUCUAGUGAGUCAUUUAUCCAUCAGAUCAGAUCGUGACAUAGUAUUAGAGUUGACUUAGUAUUGGGCAUUUUGAGGAACCAAAUAGGAAAGACUUAUCCAUGUCUGAGGUUAGAGGUGUACAUUACAACAUGGAGCUAGCCUAUUCCAUUGGGCUAGGCCUCAUGUGUAGCUUACCUGGGUUUGGUUUCAUGUUUAGACCUCGACAAGGACAUCAAGCCUUUUAAGUGAGAGGGAUUGUUGCUGCAGUUUAGUUUUGCAUCGGAUGUGAGACAAGAAUUAAAUUGAUGAAUGAGCAAAGUGAGUUUAGUACUUUUAACUUAAAUUUAAGUAUUUUGGAUCCCUGGUGAAUGUUCAUCAAGUUAAUGAAUUAGUUACCUCAUCGGAUCAUACCAUGACAUGUUGUGAUUUAAGACGAGUUCUCAUUAAGUAAUGGCGGCUGUGCUUGUUCAUGAUGUUUGAUAUUUAACAUGAAACAUACAUAGUUUCUACAAUCAGUUCUGACACAGGAGGCUGGAAUAUUUUUGUGUAAUUUGCUUUGGCUGUUCAGUAACAAAUUUACUGCUGUGCUGAAAUAUGUAAAAGUUUGUCACGUGCAAUGUUACAUGAUUAUUAAUUUUUUUUACUUAAAAAUAUGUAUAGAUUGUCUUAAUAAAUACUCUUAGGUGAAUUCCAUUUUAGCUCGUUAUGUCGUCCCUUUUUUGAAAUAAUUAAUGUUAGUGGUACGAGAAAAGAUAGAGAAAGACUUAAAAAGAUUUUAAUGAAAAUUAUAAAUAAAUAUUUACGUAUUCUAAAUUUAACUAAACAUAUGGUUUUUUACCAAUCUCAAUGGUGGCAAAAGAUUUAUGUAGUUGAUCCCACAUAGUUAGGACUUACGGUUUUGUUGUUAUUGUUGUUAUUGUCAUUGUUGUUGUGUCUUGUCUCUCUUUCUUGAACUGUUUUGAUUUCUAUUCUUACUGGUGUGCUUAUUACUUUGGUGUUCUAUUAUGUGGCAUUAGUUUUAAGAAAAGUCCUGAUAACUGAAGAAAGAAUAUAUGCUCUACUGUGAUCAUUAUAAGAAUCUGAUUUGGGCUCCAACUAAGGUUCUUGCACUACAUUAGUUGGAAUGGGAGAAUCGUUUGUUGUUCUGUCUUUUAGGUCAUGUACAAGAAGACCUGCCAUCUAUGCCUAAUUUCGUUAAACAUGAUAUGUAGUAGAUACAAGUCUAGUUUAUUAUUUCUAUUUAGUUGUAAGAAUCUGACAACACUAUGUUAGUUCAUACCCUCAUCUUUCCCUAAAAAGCUUAAAACUCAAAACAAGAGAAAAGGCAGAAGUGAAAGCUCGAGUCUAAGAGUGGAGGUCGCUCGGGAACUCGAGUCGAUGAGUCAGUCCCAUUCAUUCUUGCCUGAAACAAGUGGGCUAUUUUUUCUGGUGCCACCUUUGUUCUCUAAUUCCCAAAACCCAUUCAUCACACAACCUUAAGAUUUCAUUUUUCUUCUAUUCAGAUAGAAAAUUUGGGUUGUUGAUUCUUCCAAGAUGCACUACAGAAAAAAAAAAUCUGUUGGAGAUGAUGCCAAAAUUCAGCUAAAAAUAUCAAAAUUUUUCUUAUUAUAGGCUUGCAUAAUGACUUUUAAGUAAUCUCCUGAUAUUUUCUUGGUGAUGUUGGUUUUUCAAGUUAUUCUUUCUUUAUUUUACGGCUGAUUUCUUUAGCUGGGUCAGCCUAUUUCUCACAAAAAAAAGUUAUACUAUUUCUCACAGGUAGUAUCAGUUUAAAAUUGAAUUUAAAUCUAGAUGGUGACAGAUUCAGAUAUUUUAAAAUCAGUUUUGGUAUAUAGUGCACAUUUUAUCCAGAUAUUGGUACAAAUUUUGAUCAUACUAUAAAAUUAGUCUUAGAUACCCAAAGGGCAUUGAGAUCCGAUUUAUAUUAUAUUUGGAUAUCCUUUAAUGUCGAUCAAUCUAUUACACAAUAAUAAUAUGAUCAAUCUAAAAAAAAAGUAUUAAUAGAAACUGUAAAAAGAAGAUUUAAAAACUUUUAAGUUUAACUAGAUAUAUGAUGUUUUUGCAAAUCUUAAUGAUAAUAAAAGAUAUAUAAAACUUACAAUUUGUUACUAUUGUUGCAUAAAUCAUGCAUUUAAAUCUGAUCUAUACGUGCUUCUCAUUAGAUAUCUCAUUUUAAUAUGGUUGACAUCCAUAUAUGUAUUGUUUUAAAUUUUGUUAUUGAUCUGCUUUCUGGAUCCAUAGUUGAGAUGUGUUUGGGCUUUCAUGUGACCUAUACACCCUUAGGCAACCAUAUACACCACAUAUAGAUGCUGUAAGAGUCUCAUGGUUUCAUGAUCUUUAUCUGAGAAGAUUUAGCUUCCUCUAUACAUGAACCUUAUUUCCAAUAUCUCUUAAUUGUGUGUGAUGUGGUGAAACAGCAUCUCUUAUUUCCAAUAUCUGUGUUUCCUACGAGCUUCAUUUCCUAGUUUGACUAAGUGAAUUUGAGUUGUAUAUAAAUAUGCAUCAAUUUGAUAUGUUUGGUAGAUUUUGGAUAUUUUUUCAUCUGCCAACUUGUUAGGAUUUACUUAAUCUGGUUGCUGCUGUCAAUGAUCAUCUGUUUAAUCUUGCCUGGUAUCUGUAAAGAGAAGUAACCACCAUUGUUCAGCAUCCGUUCCCAAGAAAUAAUAUGGAUUAGUUGGCCCAAGUAAUCAAAUUUAAUGUUGCUACUAUUGUUUCUUAUAGCAUCAAUUUUCUUUUAGGAUGUUAACAAUAUGAUGCAAUAUUAUUAUUACAAGAAGGACCUGAUACUUAAUUAACAGUGUGCUAUGUGCAGCUUGUGCUAUGUGUUAGUAUGUAUAAGCUGACAUAACACAGGGUGCCAUUUGAAAUAUCCUGAAAUCGUCCGGAGGCACUAAAAAACUAUUGAGCUUGCUUCGCCGGUGACAAUGAUUUUGACGUGUAAUGCAGUAGCACAAGAGGCCCCGUCCACCGUCCCAUGUGAGACUUGCCGACCUGAUCCAGCACCGCUCUCAUCACUUCCUAUGAUGCUGACUCCAACCCUCGGUACCUUAACAGAGACUGGUCACGUAUGUAGAUCUGAGAGCUUUAGCUACUAGCACAAGAGACAUCUCGUCCGAGCUUACUUGCAUGAGAACAAACAUAAACAAGAAGAUAUGUAUCAUCUCCUCUACAAUAGCUUCGCCUUUUCUUUUGCAACAUCCGAACUGCCAACUUCCUCCGCCAAGGCACCAUGUGUGAUCUGAUCCAAACGAACUGCUUCUGUCGGUGCAUUGGCUAUUCUCUCACGUCUCUGCUAGCUCCUCUUUUCCACCCUAUCAGACGCUGUGAUCCAACAACACUGCUUUAAGAAUCGAUGAUGCACGGCUGAGAUGUGGGCAGAUGACGAUCAGAUGGGUUUGUCUAUCUCCUCACACGUCUUCUCCUCCGAGAAAUUGGUCGCGAUGCCUCCCUCUCUUCCACCACUCCAAUCCACCUCUUCUCUCGUUCUUCUUCUUGUUGUGUUGGUGUUAGCGUCUGGUUCCUCGCCGGGUGUCCUUUCUGCUACGUUCACGGUGACGAACAACUGCGCCUACACGGUGUGGCCGGGCGUCCUCGCCAGCGCUGGUUCGGCCCCGCUCGCCACCACAGGCUUCGCCCUCGCCCCUUCAGAGUCCCGCACACUCGACGCCCCCGUCCCAUGGUCCGGCCGCCUCUGGGCCCGCACUAUCUGUGCCGCUGACCCUGCUUCCGGCCGCUUCUCCUGCGCCACCGGCGACUGCGGCUCCGGCUCAUUGGAGUGCUCCGGGGGCGGCGCGGCCCCUCCCGCCACCCUCGCCGAGUUCACCCUGGGCGGCAGCGGCGGGACCGACUUCUACGACGUCAGCCUCGUGGACGGAUCCAACGUGCCCAUGCUGGUAGUCCCGCAGAGUGGGUCUCCCGGGGGUAGCUGUGGGCCCACGGGGUGUCUGGUGGAUCUCAACGGGUUGUGCCCCGCGGAGCUGCGGGUGGCGCAGCCCGGCGGGGAAACGGCUGCGUGCCGGAGCGCGUGCGAGGCGUUCCGGACCGCGAGGUACUGCUGCAGCGGCGAGUUCGGCAGCCCCGGCACGUGCGGCCCGACGGCGUACUCACAGUUCUUCAAGAACGCGUGCCCCAGGGCGUACAGCUACGCUUACGACGACGCGACCUCCACGUUCACCUGUCCCACCGCCGCCACCGCCGGCUACACCGUCACCUUGUGCCCCAGCACCACGAGUCUCAAGUCCAUGGGCUACGGGAAUCAGAUGGCAGGAGGCCUGCCGCUGAUCAACAACACGAUGCCGCCGCUGUUAAGCUCGCCGAAUCGCGCCGCGCGGCGGUGGCCGACCAUGUCGCCAGCGAGCCGAGGCCUCCUCUGCCUUGCAGUCGCGGUGGCGCUGCAGCUGCAGCUGCUCCACCUGCCUUGAACCUCUCGCCACAGCACAUGCAGGUACCCGUUCUGCGUGCGAUCAUGCACGUGCACGCCAUGCUGGGCCAUUACAGCGCCAGCAUCCAUGCAGGCGUCUGCUCCCUAUUCACGAGGGUGUACGGCACAUUCGCAAGCCGACAUCUUUGCACUGUUAAGUCUGGAGCCGAUGCGCAUUCGCAGGUUCUUUAUUGAGAUAUCGAUGUACAGUUCAUUAAAACCUAUUUCUUGCCGCAAGCAUGUUGUGGCUCUCCAAAACUGUAUCUCGAAUCUCGAAUGGCCCAAACCCCGUUGAGGUUGACUGAAUCAGAUUUGGUGGAAUCCGUAUGUGUAGAAAUAUAUGCAUCAAGUCCCAAGAAGACCAUAUCAUAUCACAA